UCGAAGAAGAGCACUCCGUCCGCUGCGGAGGCCUCACCGACGAGACUCACCGACGAGGAGGACGAGACUCACCGACGAGGAGGACGAGACUCACCGACGAGGAGGACGAGACUCACCGACGAGACUCACCGACAGGUCACGAGACUCCGACGUGUCCGGUCUGUUCAGUCAGAAGUGGAGCAACGACGGUCAGACUGAAGGUCCAGACUACUGUAUGGGACAGAACAGUUCAAAGGUCACCAGAAUGACGUCCCCUGUGCGUGUGAUCGUGGUGGGAGCUGGCAGUCGAGGAGAGAUUUAUUCCCACUUCGCAUCCAUCCACCCUGAACGCGUAAAGGUUGUUGGAGUAGCUGAUCCAAGGAAAUUUGCUCGCACUAAACUUCAACAGCAACACAACAUUUUACAUGAAAACAUAUUUGAAGACUGGCACAGUAUAGUUGAAAGAGAGAAGUUUGCAGAUGCAGUGUUAAUUUGUACUCCAGACCGCGUUCAUAAGGAACCUGCGGUGGCCUUUGCAAAGAAGGGCUACCACAUUCUGCUGGAGAAACCAAUGGCAACAACUGCCGAAGACUGCACAGCGAUUGUGGAGGCGUGCACUCAGAGUGGCGUGAUGCUCUCCGUGGGUCACGUUCUACGUUAUGAUCCAGUCAUCCACAAGAUAAAGGAGCUGAUAGAUGCUGGAGUCAUAGGUGAUGUGAUGCACAUUCAGCACCUUGAGCCGGUCGGGUUCUAUCACUUUGCUCACUCUUUUGUUCGAGGGAACUGGAGAAAUGAAGCAGAGAGCUCUUUUGCUCUUUUGGCUAAAUCCUGCCAUGACAUUGACCUAAUACAUCACUGGGCCGGACCACGCAGGUGUUUGAAAGUGUCAUCAUUUGGAUCUGUCAGCCACUUUGGAAAACAAAACAAGCCAACAGGUGCCGGAAAUCGCUGCCUGGAUUGUUCAAUAGAAGGAGACUGUCCAUACUCGGCAUGCAAAAUCUACUUGGAUAGAGUGAAACAGGGUCACACUGGCUGGCCUGUGUCAGUCAUAUGUCCCAGCUCGUUCCCAGACAUCGAGUCAGUAACUGAGGCCCUGAGGACCGGUCCAUAUGGCCGCUGUGUCUACGAGUGUGACAACGAUGUCUGCAGUAACCAGGUUGUUAACAUGGAGUUUGAAGGGGGUCUGACGGCAGCCUUUUCCAUGGUGGCCUUCACUGAGGAGAUAUGCAAGAGAAAAACAACAAUCUAUGGCAGCAAGGGGGAGCUGUCAUGUGACGGCCAUGAGGUAAACGUGUUUGACUUUCUGACCCAAAGAUCCACAAAGCACAAGGCACACAAUGAUCCCCCCCGAAACUUUGGCAUGAGUGGACAUGGUGGAGCAGACUACCACCUGAUGGAUGCCUUUAUUUCUGCUGUGGCUAACAAUGAUCCAUCCCACAUCCGUUCGGGUCCUGAAGAGACACUACUGAGCCAUUUGCUGGUGUUUGAAGCUGAGCGUUCUCGACUGGAGAGCAGGGUGGUGUACUGUGGUGACAUUGGCCAAAGAUAGACGACUGAAAAACACAUAGUCAUUAAAAUAAUCUAACCUGAAAAAUCAAACGCUACAAUGAAGCUUAGCAGAAGUUCACUCAGGAAGACUCUUUCAGACGCUCUCAGUCUAGUUAAAACAACAAAUACACAUUUAGGUGUUUUAGUACACUUUUUAUUUGUCCGUAGAUUUUUCUUCUUUUUUUCUAAGCGGAAACUCCUUCAGUUUCAUUCCAUAUAUUCUAUAUUGUGAAGGUUUUCACAGAGGUUUUGUUCAUGAAUCAUUCAUAGCCUGAUUUAUAGAUCAUUUUUACGACAUCGUGAAAAGGGAUUUUCAUUUCUGUUGACAGUAUUUUCUGAUUUAUGUGAUAAAAACAGAUAUCCAAAAUUCCCUCUGAAAAAACUUUCAAUCUUAUGUCAUUAAAAUGAAAGGCUUUAUUCAAUGUUCAGAUUUCUGUUCUUGUAGUGUAUGCAAGUGAGCACACAUUUAAUACACUAAUGCUACAUUUGCAUAUUUAAACAUAACAUUUUAGAAAACCUGUUCUAAAAAUAACAAAUGUCUUAAUGUAAUUUAUGAGUUAAAAUGUUAACCCUUAUUACAUGAAGCGCCCUUUAAACCAAUCAACUGAACGGAGGGCCAAAUCAUGGAAUGAGGAUGAUUGUUUAGUUCAUAUCGCUCAGGGAUUCUAGUAGUCUGUGUUUGUUUGUGUGAAUGAGUGAGAGCGAGGAGGGGAGGUGAAUGAGUGAGGAGGGGAGGUGAAUGAGUGAGGAGGGGAGGUGAAUGAGUGAAUGAGUGAGGAGGGGAGGUGAAUGAGUGAAUGAGUGAGGAGGGGAGGUGAAUGAGUGAGGAGGGGAGGUGAAUGAGUGAGGAGGGGAGGUGAAUGAGUGAG